AUUUGGCAGUAAAACAGUAAAAAUAAGUUAUUUCUUUUGUAAGUCCAGGUAUUUUCUUUUUUUUCCAAAUUUUCGUUUGAUCCUGUUCUGAUGAAAGAGUAUUAUCUUCAAAAUGUCUUCUGUUGUGCUGCAGUUGGUGGGCUUUCUGUGUCUUCCUUUAAUUGUGUAUAGUGCCACCAGUGAAGUGGGAAUUCAGAAAUGUACGGAGCUGCUAAACACUCAAAAGUUGGUAUUCUGUUGUGGAAAGUCCUUUCUUGAUAAGUUUUUAUUUGUGGGCUCCAAUUGUACUCCCUAUUGGGAUGACUUUGGACCUUGCCGCUAUGAGUGUCUUUAUAAGCACUGGGACCUCCUUGAUCAGGAUAACAAGAUUAAGAAGCCGGAACUCUAUAUGAUGAUCACAAGCUUGUACAGUCCCUUGAAUGGUUAUCAUAAAUAUGGAACCGCCUUGAAGGCUGCUCACGAGACUUGCGAGGCCUUGGGCUCCAGGCACGCCGACUUCCUGUUGCUCUUCAACAACCAGGUGGCGGAUCAUCUGGGCAUGGGCUCCUCCAACUGCUUGCCCUAUGCCAUGCUCCAUGCCCAGUGCACUACGAUCUAUGUCACAGCCGACUGUCCCAGCGAAUUCUGGCGGGAGGAGACGGAGUGCAAUGAUCUGAAAAGAGUGCUGGCCAGUUGCACCAAGAAACUGGACGAAAAGAGUGAAAUCGAGGAAAAAGAUAACUUGCAGGACAAUGGGAGUGAUCACAUAUUUUCGGAGGGAUUCCAUCUGCUUUUGACCAGUUUUCUAACCCUGAUUAUCUCAAGGUAUCGCCUCUAAAUUGCGUUGCGGUUUUAAAGUUUCUAAUUGUUCAAGCGAUUGCAUUUAAACUGAUUCAAUUCAGACAGUAUAAUUGCAUUUGUCUGGCUCUGGUCGAGCCCCC